AUGAAUAAACCAGAAGAGAACGUACAAAAUACAGAAAUUAUCAGAAAUGAGAAGGUUCCUGAUACAUCCAGGAAAUUGCGUAUGAUACAGAGUAUACCUAAUACUACUACCGGAUACUCUCAUAAGGAGAGUGUUCCUGAGCACAUGUAUAAUUAUAUAUGGGCCCAUCUUCAAAGUAUUGAAUUUAAAAAGGUAUUUGCAAUUAGCACUGCAUGGUUAUUACUGAUACUUGCCACAGUGUAUACGUGCAUGAACACUCUGGAGAAGUUCGGGUAUUCACUUGUUUCAUUAGGGAUGUUUCCACUUCAAUGGGUAUCCAGUUCAUUUUUUGUGGUAUGCACGGGUAUAUGCAUAUUCUUAAAGAAUACUAAGUACGUAAAAGUAGCAAGUACAAGUAUAAGGGAGUACUUGGCAAUUAUUAUACUUAUUCUUAUGUUUAUAACGAAUAUUACUGCAUCCCGUAAACCCACAGGAUUUUAUGCGUAUGAUAUUCUGUGCAUGGGGUGUAUAACAGGCAUAUGGGCAUUUAAGUCCACAUUUACUGAUUCAGCCAUAAAAGGGUACUUUAUAAGAAAGGCAGUCACUAUUUGUAUGGGAACUAUCCUUAUAAUAUGCAUGGUAUGCGGGUAUAUUAGUGCGUAUUAUUACAGCAUAAGUAUUACUCCUCUUUUAUGCAGUACAUUAUUCUUAUCUGGGUAUAUAAUGAGUCUUUUAGUGGUUCAGUUCAAUGGGAAGUUCAGUUCAAUCGAAAGGAUAAUUACUGAUGAUAUGGUGAGGAUUCUAUUUUCUACGGUCUUUCUGUUUUACAUUACCAUGCUUGGGUUUAAUUACAGGGUAGCUAAUGAUAUGGCCAUUGAGAGAACCAUUAUUUCACCUACUCUUAUGACAAUAACAACACUUUCUAUUUUACAGUUACUAAUUAAAAGCUGUGAAGCAGAUAUACUCUACUACUCUAUAAAGAACAAGUACAGGCACAGGCAACCACCUGCACAUUAUUUAUACAAGAUAAUAUUUAGGUCGAUGGUUGGUCUUUUUAUUAUAUCGAUAGUCUUAGUGUUUAUUUUUGAUACGCGGUACAGGAUGAGCGUACCAAGUUUCUUAUCUUCUAAGUCAUACGCACGCAGUCUGAGUGCCUUAAAAAUACCAUUUGGUGUUUCUGCUGGUAAUGCAUUUUCUAAGUACAAGUAG